AUGUCAUAUUUGGCAAAAGAUGCCAUCUGUGGUCAAUACCAAUGUUCCAGUGAUCAGAGAUGUGUUAUAAAACCAGAUGGGUAUGUUUUAUCUUUGUUCUUUGUCAUUUUUACAGCUUCAGUCACCGAAAAUGACACAAAAGACAAGUUAUACGAUGAAACAUGUCCAAGGUUAAGGCAUGUUUUAUCGUAUAACUUGUCUACUAAUUUCGGAAUUAAACCCUGUAGCGUAUUUUACAUUACUUAGUAGUACUUAAAUUUUAUUUUUUUUGCAAAAAAUGUCAAGAAAGGACAAGUUAUACGGCGAAAAGUGUCUAAGAUUAAGACAUGUUUUAUCGUAUAAAAUGUCGCUUAUUAGUAAAAUAUUUAUGAAAAGUGUAGUUUACAAUGAAUUUAUAUCCUCUUUUUAAUUCUAUAACAUUAAAAUAGUAUAAUAGUGACAAGUUAUACGACAAAACAUGUCUUAAUCUUAAACAUGUUUCAUCGUAUAACAUGUCCACGCACAAAAAAUGUUUUAAAAUUUAAAAAAAACUCGUAUUUUCAGAGAAAUAAUAGGAUGUUUCUAUUACACUCCAGUCGAAAUGACCAAGCACGACUACUUUUACUACGGUUUCUGCGUCGUAUAUACAAUGGCAAUGUUAUUUGGCAUGGGGAUUUACAAAUGGAAAAAAUUCAUGAAAAAGCCGCCCAUGCCACAUGAUCCUGACAUUGGUGUGCCUCCACCAUUGUAUCAAUAA